AUGUGCAACAGAAUUAAUUCCGAGAGUAAAAAGGGAACGAUCAAAACUGUCCAGGAAGUUGAGAAUAAAGUACUUUCGAAUCAAAGCAACCGUUCUGAAGUUUAUUUACAAACUUUGGUCGUAGGGGUAGCUGGGAAAACCUUAAAGGGUUAUUUAAGAUUGCUAAUAGACACCGGAAGUCAGAACACGUACAUAAGUCAAUAUGCUGCUAAAACGUUGAAAUUAGAAAAGAUAGGAACUGAAAGAAUUAAACAUGGGUUAUUUGGGGGUGUAGAAGUUUCGGAAGAUCAUAAUCGUUAUCAAAUAGAUUUAACUAGUUUGGAUGGAAAGUACAGGUGUAAAAUCGAAGCACUAGACCAGAGGAAAAUUUGUUCGUCACUACCUAAGAUCAAAGACGAAAAAUUAAUUAAAGUAAUGGAAAAAAGGGGAAUCCUUAUCAACGACAAUCAUGUGAAUGGAAAUCUCUGUCUGUUUCAAGAAAAUCCGGAAGAGAUUCAUAUGCUGUUAGGAGCGGACACCGCAGCACAAUUGUUCACUGAAAGAAUUGAACAUUUUGCGGGGGAUUACGUAGCCUUUGAGACCAAACAUAACCGAGUUGUUUUUGGACUCACAUCAAGUCCGUUUCUGCUAGCCGCUACACUUAGUCACCUUUUGACUACAGUCCCAGAAAAAUUUGUAGAAACUUCUAAUAUUUUGAAGGAUUCAUUUUACCUCGAUAAUUCGUUAAUUAGCUUAAAUCACGUAGAUGAAGCUGAAAAUUUCGUUCAAGAAGCAAGAUUGAUUUUGGCUUCAGGGCAUUUCAAUUUGAGAUGUUGGCGAUCAAAUUUUCGCAUUGACAUGAUCGAUGAGAUAGAGAGCAAGACGAAAGUUGUCCCAGUAUUAGGAUUAGUAUGGGAUUUAGAAAAAGAUAGUUUGAGUUGCAAGAUCGAAGAAACAUUUAACUUGAGGGAACCUAUUACCAAAAGAAAAGUUUUGUCAAUUACCCAGAAAAUUUUUGAUCCCAUUGGCUUUACUGCACCGAUAACUGUAAUUCCUAAGCUAAUUUUGCAAGAAACAUGGAACCAGAAGAUUAAGUGGGAUGAAGAUCUUCCUCUUCCCCUAAGUGAGCAGUUUGGGACUUGGUUGAACCAAUUGCCUCUGCUAUCUCAGAUUGAAAUUCCUCGUUGGUUAAAUAUUGAUUACGAAAACGAAGAUACCGUAGUGCUCCACGUUUUUUCGGAUGCUAGUAAAAGAGCCUAUGCCACAUGUGCAUUUUUAAGAGCUGAAACCAUCGAAGGUGUAAAGGUUCAGUUAGUAAGUGCGAGAAGUCGAAUAGCCCCUAUUAAGGAACUUACGAUUCCACGGCUUGAACUUCUUUCCUGUCUGAUAGGUGCCAGGCUUGCCAAAACAAUUCUAUCAGAUUUGAAACUUAAGAAUUGUAGAACAGUGUUCUGGAGUGAUUCUUCUACAGCUUUGGGGUGGAUAAGAAGGGAUCAAGCAUGGGGUACGUUUGUUCACAAUCGAGUACAAGAAAUAAGAUCGCUUACCAGAAUAUCUGACUGGAGGCAUGUACCUGGAAGUUUAAACCCAGCGGAUCUCCCAUCGAGAGGAUGUACUAUUGAGCAAUUACAGAAAUCGGCAUGGUGGGAGGGCCCAUCGUGGCUUUACUUACCAGAAGACGAGUGGCCCCAUGUAGAAGAAAAGCCUGAUGAAGAACUUAUAAACAAGGAAAAAAGGAAAACGAUUCUGACUCUUCUAGAUCAUGGAGACAAUUUGGACCGGUACUACAAAUACUUCUCUUCAUAUAGAAAAACCGUGAGAAUGAUCGCUUGGAUUUUCAGGUUUUAUCACAAUUUAAAGAACAAAGAUAAAAACCUCACUCCUGAUGUCUCAGUUGAUGAAUUGGAGAAUGCUGAAAAGGCACUUUGUAGAUUGGUACAGAAAGAAUCAUUUACAGGCAUAAACGAUCCCGCUAUUCGUGCGCUGAGACCAAUCGUAGACCAAAAUGGAAUUUUAAGAGCCAAAACGAACGUCCUACAGCGUCAAGAUAAUGAAAAUUUCCGAUAUCCUAUCAUUUUACCUUCAAAACACCUUCUUGUUGAGAGACUAAUUUACGAGAAACAUCUAGAACUCCAGCAUGCUGGUGUCAGCACUUUAAUGACAAAUCUUAGAGAAAACUUUUGGAUAUUAAAAUCCAGAAAAAGUAUUCGAAAUAUUAUCAGAAAAUGUGUAAGAUGUAAAAGAUUUGUUUCACAAAGAGUGGAAGUCGAGCCAGGAUUUCCACCCGAAGAUCGAGUCAGAGAAGGGGCGACUUUUGAAGUCGUCGGUGUAGAUCUAGCGGGUCCUCUCUAUCUCCGUGAGGGGUCUAAAGCGUGGAUAGUCUUGUAUACAUGUGCCAUUUAUAGAGCCAUUCACCUCGAACUAGUUACUUCUCUAUCUACAGAAACUUUCAUCCAAUCUUUACGUAGAUUCAUUGCCAGAAGAGGUAGACCUUAUGUGAUAUAUUCCGACAACGGAACUAAUUUUGUAGGGACUAACAGUGUUCUUAAGAAAGUUAAUUGGAACGCCAUAUGUUCAGCUGCUUCUAUCCAAAGGAUACGAUGGAAGUUCAACCCUCCGACCGCCGCCUGGUGGGGAGGUUGGUGGGAGAGGCUUGUGCGAAUGGUGAAAGAAAAUUUAAGAAGAGUGUUAGGUCGAACGUCCUUAAAUUAUGAAGAAUUAUACACUAUAUUAUGUGACUGUGAACAAGUGAUUAAUUCGCGACCUAUCACAUAUGUAUCAGAGGAUAAUCAAGAUCCAUCACCACUGACCCCUAUGAUGUUUCCUGCAAGAAUUGCCGUCAUCAGGAGUUCCUGA